AUGGAUGACGCAAACCAAACAGGAGCUAUGGUCACAGAAUUCAUUAUUGUUGGUUUCCCGGGAUUUCAAGACCCAGAGAGCAAGGCCAUCCUUUUUACCAUCUUCCUCACUGUGUAUCUCAUAAUUAUAUUGGGCAAUCUUCUUCUUAUUGGCAUAUUUGCAGCAGACUCAGGCUUACACACCCCCAUGUAUAUGACAAUGUGCAGCCUGGCCAUCAUUGACAUUACCCUUCCUACAUGUACUAUACCUACAAUGUUAAAUGUAUUCAGGUCUACAUCUUAUGCUAUCCCAUUACGAGCUUGUUUUACCCAAGCGUAUUUCUUUCUGGCACUGGGCACUGUGGAAUGCUUCAUCCUGUUGAUUAUGGCUUUUGACAGAUAUGUGGCCAUCUGCCACCCACUGCACUACACCUCCAAAAUGAGCCUCAAAUUUACUUUGAAACUCAUUACUCUCUGCUUUCUGGGAGGAUUCCUGUGCCCAAUACCUGCUAUUAGUUUAGGGAUGACAAAGCCGUACUGUGGACCCAACAAGGUUUUGCAGUGCUUCUGUGAUUAUUCUGGAGUUCUACGCUUGGCUUGUGCAGACAUUGUCUUGACCAGCUAUGUGUCUUUAUCUGUUGCCAUGUGUGUGUUACUGAUCCCCAUAUUCAUCAUCCUGCUAUCCUAUCUGAAAAUUGUUAAGGCAGUGCUCAAGAUUGCCAGUCCAGUGGGGAGGAUCAAAACCUUCUCCACAUGUGGCUCACACAUGCUGGUCAUUUCUGUAUACUUCCUUACUUUGACAGGUGUCUACAUCUCCUACAGGAUUCCUGGGACCUCAGUGGACAUGCGCAUCAUGGCAUCACUAUUUCAAAAUGUUUUCCCUCCUGUCAUGAAUCCAAUCAUUUACUGUCUGAGAACAAAAGAAAUCAGGGUCAGCUUGAUAAGAACCCUGAAAAAGACAAAGAUUUUACCUAGCAGCUGGUGA